CUGAGAACAGACGUGAUAACCCCCAUAAAGCUCUUAAAGAAGAAGAACAGACGUGAUUUCCGACUCUCUUCUUUCUUUUCUGUAUUUUCAGGUUAAGUACAAAUGAUCGGGGAAAACUUGAUCAAAUAGGUAAUUUGACUGCCGGGUCUCCAGGACCUGCAACAUUAACAUUUGCCAGCAAUACCUCUUGCCAAAAAAAGUCCAGCCCAGCUUUCUGAUUUGAGAGGCUGUACAGCUGUCCAAAAAUGUCUGCACGUUUGUUUGAGGGUAAAGAACAUGCAGCCUCAUACUGGAAGUACAGAAUUUCUCCUUCUGAAGAGCUCAUCAGCAAGGUUCUGCAAUUCCACAGGAGUAAUAAAAAUGCAUCCAAUGACCUGGCUGUAGAUGUUGGUUGUGGGUCAGGGCAGGGAACGUUGCUCUUAGCACCUCAUUUUACUCGUGUAGUGGGAACAGACAUCAGCCCAGCUCAACUGGAGAUGGCGAGGAAAUAUGUCAACAUACCAAAUGUGUCUUACAGGGAGAGUCCAGCUGAAGAACUGCCUUUUGAGGAUGGCUCUGUAGAUCUUGUGACGGCAAUGUCUGCGUUUCAUUGGUUUGACCAUUCACGUUUUCUUCAAGAGGCUCACAGAGUGCUUAAGCCACAUGGCUGCCUCGCACUUCUUAACUACACCAUGGACAUGGAGCUCAGCUAUGGAGAUUGCUCAGAGACUUUAAACAACAUCUGUAAUGAGUUUUAUGCAGUGCUACAGCCUUUCCGGAACCCUUACCUGGGUCCCAGCUCCCUCGAACUUUACAAGAAAACCUACAACUCUCUCCAGUACCCAGUUAAAGAAUGCCGGUCUGCAACUGUGUUUUGUCUCAAGGCAAGAGUUAUUUUGGGUGAGGAAGCCUGUACCUCUCUCUGGCUACAUCGGUAUGGUGGAGUCUUUCUCCACGUUCCAGGCACUAUUAAAAAAAGAUCCUGAAAAGGCCAGACGACUCUCAAAGGACAUUGAAAAAAGACUGUUGUGUGCAAUGGACGUGAUAUCCUCGGAGACAGAAGUUAUCAUGGGAGUCAAAUACUUCUAUUUUCUAGCCUGCAAGCCAGAAAAAUAAUCAUUUUGUUUAAAUCUUCAAUUAUAUGAUUAGUAUGAUUUCACCUUGUUAUUCAUUAAUAUUCCUAAUGUGAUCAAUUAACUGCUAGUUUAAUUACUUAUUUGAUUGAAACCACCAGGUUUCAUAACCAAUAAAAAGUAAUGGUAACACUUUAGUUUAGGGGUGGUGAUGGCACAGUGGAUAAGACACAUGCCUUUGGUGUGAGAGACCUGGGUUUCGAAUCCACUGUGAGACACCAAUGUGUCCCUGAGUAAGACACUUAAAACCCCUAGUUGCUCCAGAGGCGUGCGACCUCUGACAUAUAGCAAUUGUAAGUCGCUUUGGAUAAAAGCGUCAGCUAAAUUAAUAAAAUGUAAAUGUAAAAUGUAGAAGCCUUUAUGUAUAAUGCAUUAUAAAUGUAUUCAAAAUAUGUUGAUAAAUAAUUGUACCAAUAUUUGCAGAUUUCUCAUUACUGAAAUAGGUCAUUUGUCAUGUGUUUGAGUUAUAAUUUCUAAAGGUCUAUACAAUGAAUAGAAAAAUUAUAAUCUAUUAUACCUGCGGUUACAAUUACAAUGCAUUAUGAGAUGCAAUACAAUGCAUUAUGAGAUGUAAGGCAUACUUAAAAUCCUCUGGGGUCGGCAAAUGCCUGUGCGUUUUGCUCUAUUUUUUCAUAGCAGCAA